UAUUGAGCAUCACUCAAGCUUUGUGCUGCAAGAAGCGUUGUCUUCUCAAGGGUCGUCUCAAGUAGAUCGAUGCUACUGCUAUAGCCCCAGCAGCCCCCAGCUGCGACUGUGGCAGGAAUGUUUAAUGAGGCACCAUGCCAGACCCUCAUGGUGAAGGGUCUAAAUGCUCAAUCGACCGAAGAAAGCGUGAGACAGUCCCUUGGAAAGUUUGGUGCUAUCAGCAGCAUCAAGGUGUUGCCAGUUGCUGCAGGAAAGACCACCGCUGCUGCCUUUAUUUCGUUCACAACGCUUGAAGAGGCAAUGUGGAUUGCUGAAAACAUCAACGGGAUGACACUACCAGGAGAAGCUGGUCCUUUGGAAAUUGUCUAUGCACCUCCGCGUGACCCAAUGAAAGGUGGAAAGGGCAAAGGCGGAAAAUUUGACGCCACAGGUCCUUACAGUAUGACCGGCAGCCUGCACAAGACCAAGAUGUGCAGCUUCUUCCAAAGUCAAGGAUUUUGCGCCAAAGGCGACGUGUGCGGCUUUGCUCACGGUGCUCACGAGCUCAACGGCCGCGCCCUGAGUUGUUAA